UGACAGAUGCUAAUUACCAAAAAGCGUUAGCUGCUUUAAAAAAUGUGUACGACAAUCAGUGUCUCAUAUUUUUUAACAGCAUUUCGAAACUAUUUGACCUCCCACACAUGUCCGAACCAUCAGCAUCAUCUUUGCGCAUGCUGAUAGACUCAGUCCGUGCCAUUUAUGAGUCUCUAUUAUCGCUAGGCUCUGAUAAGCAGAUUUCGAAUGCCAUGCUCAUCCAUUUAGUAAUGAUGAAAGCGGACGCUGGCACGCGCUCUAGGUGGGAAGAGAAUCUUGACUACAAUAAACUUCCAUUGUGGCAAGAUUGUGAAGCUGCCUAAAACAGACGGUAUCAGCAUUUAAGUGCUGAAGUGCUGGUCCAAGUCGUAAGGUAGCUCAGGAUAGUAAGAAAAGAAUCGGAAAAACUUUACUAGCUGUCGCUCUGCAAAGUCAGUCACAGAGUCCGAAAUGCGUGUUUUGUAAAAAGAAUGAUCACUUCAUUCACUCGUGUUCCUCAUUCGCAGCAAUACCCUGCCAGAAACGUUUUGCGUUCGCAAAAAGCUAUUUCAUCUGUAAAUCACGCACGGAUAGCCUCUGAUCAAGUUCUUUUGGCAACUGCAGUUGUGAAGAUAAAAGAUCAAUCUGGAUCUUAUCACUUAGCUAGAGCCUUAUUAGAUUCGGGCUCGCAAGUUAAUUUUAUAACUGAAGAACUUGCAAAACAGUUGAAAUUAGAAAGGCAAAGAUCUGGGACUCAAUUGUUGGGCAUUGCUAAUUGUCAGUCAUCUGUUCGUCACAGCGUUCAAACUUCGAUAGCGUCCCGAACGGACGACUUAGAAACCCGAAGAGACUUUGGUGUGCUACGUUCCAUUUCGUCGUAUCAACCAGAGAAGCACACUGAAGAGAUCAAGGUACCUGAGAACGUACAAUUAGCUGAUCCUCAGUUCCAGAAGCCACAACGUAUUGAUUUGUUGCUCGGUGCUGAUAUCUUUUUUGAUAUAUUAAGAGAAGGCAAAAUAAAGGGACCUGAUGACAGCCCAACAUUGCAAUUGACUGCCUUUGGUUGGAUUGUAUCUGGUCGCUGCCGAACAUUGAAUGCAGCUACUAGUUCGUCGACUUUCAUUAGCGUCGUAAACGACGACACAGCUAUAGAUUCAAUAGUCGCAAAUUCUGGGAGUUGGAAGAAAAGCCAAAUACAAUUAAUUCGAAUUUGUAUACCCCAGAGCAACAACUGUGCGAGAAGUCAUUUGUGGAGACUAUUUGCCAAACUACCUCGGGUCGUUUCAGUGUCGCUGCCAUUCAAAUCAAGCCCACAUUGUCUUGGUACGUCUUAUGAGACAGCCAAACGACGAUUUCUGGCCUUGGAAAGAAGAAUGAGCAAGCAAGAAGACAUUCGGCCAAUGUACAUUGACUUUAUGAAAGAGUACUUGGCCUUGGGUCACAUGAGCCCAACUGAUAAUCGAAUUCCGAGAGAGCCGCAUUAUUUCAUCCCAUAUCAAAGCGUGCUAAGACCGCACAGCGCAUCCACUAAACUUCGAGUACUGUUCGAUGCAUCUAGCAAGUCCUCCUCUCAAUUGUCGCUGAAUGAUCUACUCAUGGUGGGUCCGACCAUCCAGCCGCAGUUAUGGGAAACUUUGCUAAGAUUUCGACUUCGUCCUUGGGCAGACAUCGCUAAAAUGUACCGUCAAAUUGAGCUUGACGAGUCCCACCGCAACUUUCAACUUAUUGUAUGGAGGGAAACGCCCACAAAUCUUUCGAUUAAACACAGUAACGUAUGGGACAGCGACUGCUCCAUUCUUAGCAAUUCGAUGUUUGAAACAUCUGAGCGACUUGCAUGCUUCCACUCAUCCAUCUGCUGCAAGAUCGUUAGCCCAAGAUUUCUAUGUUGAUGACUUGUUGACAGGAGUAGAUAGCGUUGAAGAAUUGUGCUUGUUAGAUCGACACUUGAUAGCAAUUCUUCAAGCGUUUGGGUUUCCUCUCACAAAAUGGUCGUCCAAUUGUAAACAACUUGCAGCACAACCAGCUAGAAGCGAUAUAGUUAUUGGUCAUCAAGAGGACACAAAAACAUUGGGAUUAAUUUGGAAUCCGAUGAAUGACAGUUUUAGAUAUUCCAUGAACUGUCCAGUAGAAGUUCAACAGACCAAAAGUUCCGUUUUGUCAAUUGUAGCAAGGUUAUACGACCCCUUAGGUUUGUUAAGUCCGAUCGUAACUCGUGCGAAGGUCCUUUUACAAGAAAUGUGGUUGCACAAACUUGGGUGGGAUGACCAAUUGCCUGUUCAAAUGAGGCAAGAAUUUGAGGCAGUAACCAGCUGUUUUUCAAAUCUAAACUCGUUGCAUAUACCUCGUUACGUUGGCACACUUAAAUCGAAGGGAUGUCAAAUCCAUGGAUUUGCUGACGCCUCAACGAGAGCUUACGGUUGUUGUUUAUACGUAAGAAUGCAAACAGAUAAGGGUAUCACUACCAGGCUGCUAGUCGCCAAAUCGAAGGUAGCCCUUGAAAACAAAAUCUGUUCCGCGGCUGGAGUUGUGUGCUGCAGAAUUGUUAGCUACCUUGUGGGAUGCGGUAAAGAAAAUACUUGAUUGUCCUAUUAAUCAAGUCACAUUUUGAUCAGACUCUGAGGUGGUGCUUCAUUGGCUGCGAAUGCAUUCAUCUAGCUUGAAUAUAUUCGUUGUAUCUUGGCCUCAUGUACCAACGAAAGAUAACCCAGCAGAUAUUGUAUCUCGGGGAUGUUCAGUUGAGGUUGAGGUUGAGUUGAGCUUAUGAUCGCGGUCGAUGAGGUAACAAAUCCAGUCAUACAACUUAUUGAAUCAACUUCGUAAUUCUCUAAGCUACUCCGCAUCGUUGCAUAUAUGUUCCGCUUUAUCAAUGGAAAACAAGAGAGUCAUUCUUCACUUGUUCCUACAGCAUCUGAGUUAAGCUUCGCAUUCCUUGCAGUCAUAUCUGUAAUUCAACACAUCGAAUUCAGCGAAGAAAUUAAGAAAGUAAAGAAAUCAAUCGGGUUGCAACCGUCAUUACAAAAACUGACGCCUUUUUUGCACCCACAUCAGCAUGGCAGGCGUGCUACGAGUCGGAGGUCGUCUAUUGAAGGCACCACUAGCACAUAAUGCCAAAUUCCCCUUGUUGCUUCCAAAAAAGUGUCGCUUUGUGACGCUUUAUUUGGAGCAUUUGCAUCGCUCUCAUUGCCACGCCAAUCCACUGGUACUAAUGGGCCUGGUUCGUCAGCAGGUGUGGCUGGUCAAUGCUCGAGAGGCUUGCAGUGCAGUAGUUAGAAAAUGUGUACAUUGUUUUCGCUACAAACCGAAACUCUUAUCCCAAAUAAUGGGCAAUCUUCCCGCUGACCGGUUACAUGGUAAUAGGCCAUUAGAGAUCAGUGGAGUGGACUUCUGUGGUCCAAUACUAGUUUCGCUGGGAAUUCGUGGCAAAUCGCCAGUCAAAAUGUAUAUUGCCAUAUUUGUUUGUUUCACUUCGAAGGCAGUGCAUCUUAGUCACCGAUUUAACCUCAAAUUCAUUUCUGAUGUGUUUAUCCAGGUUCGUUGGUCGACGUGGGCUUGUCCGGAAGCUGUAUUGCGACAAUGCCACCAAUUUCGUGGGUGCUGCACGCACGCUGGACCUCAAGGCAACUUUUCAUGGCAACACAUCGGCUAUGGAAACGUUUGCUGCGGAGCGGGGCAUGGAGUUUGUUUUCAUCCCUCCUCGAGCGCCGCAUUUUGGCGGCCUUUGGGAAGCGGCUGUGAAAUCCGCGAAGGGUUUGCUGCUGAAAGCGAUGGGCAGCGCCCGAUUACGGCAAGACGAGGUGGCCACCGUGCUGGUCGGGGUCGAGGCCGUACUCAACUCGCGGCUAAUGAUCGCUCCCAGCAGCAAUCCCAACGACGGCGAAGUGCUCACGCCGGGGCACUUCCUAAUAGGGGGAACGCUCGCGCCGCUGCCACUCGUGUCCACAGAAGCAGUCGACGACGCCAAGCUGACACUCUUAAAAAGAUGGCAGCUGAUAUCCAACAUCAAGCGUCGGUUUUGUAUCGACUGGUCAAGGGACUACCUGCUCAGCCUCCAGCAGCGGUCAAAAUGGACGAGGGAAAGGCAGAACCUACAGGUCGGAGCAGUCGUGCUCGUGGGAGACGACAACGCUCCUCCACAACAGUGGAUGCUAGGCGUGGUAACGGAAGCCAUAGCCGGAGGAGAUGGUAGAGUGCGCGUAAUUGUCGUUAAGACAAAAAAUGGCACAUACAAUAGGGCUAUUCAUCGUGUUGCCCCACUGCUACUCAACUAAUACCCCAUAUUAUUGAAGCCCUGCGGCCUUUCAACGCGGCCAAUGUUGAGGCAUUUGGAUAUAUGCCCUCUUUAUUAUAUAGAAUUAAAAAAAUGAAGAAAUUGAAUUAUUAAAAUUGUAUAGGUUAAGAAUGGAAAUGAAACCACUGUAAAGUAGUUGUUGUCGUACACGCUAGCACGGGAGUGUCGCUCGCCAAACAAUCGCUCUCCCGCUGCUCGCGCUUAGAUGAGCUUUCUACUGUGCAAGCUGCGCUUGCGUUACUGUUGAAAUUCAAUAAAAGUAGUACAAAAUUGAA